UAAAAUUUUAAACAAAAGGAAAACCUUUGAUUCUUUCUACCUACUACUAGUAUGAAUUUUUUCGUAAACGACAGCGUUAAAGGCAGUUUCUUUCUUUUUCAUUUGAUUUCCCUCAAGACAAGCAACGUAAUAUUCUUAGUGUCUCCUUCGAUUCUUGUUCCUUCUUCUUACCACCUUACUCUCACACACACACAACUUCAUUGUAAUGGUUCCAACUCCACAACCCACAAUCAAGAUCUCUCACUCAUUUGAGCCGACAAAGCAAACCACAUUGAUUACUGUUCGCUUCACUUCUCAAGCUCCAUGUUCCAUUUGGCAUGCGUGUUUGCUACUGAAUCCUUAAAGGGGCAGAAAACAACAGCUUCUCUUGGUUUAUGAAAGAAGGAGACAAUGAACACUUCAUUUUUCGGGAUUAAGCUUCGUGUUUCUUGGGAAGGUAACAACACUAUCAAAAUGGUUUUCCCCAGAAGCAAGAGAUGCACCGUGUCUGUGAUACAUGGUUGUUACCCAUUGAGGCAAACUUUUAGAUUUUGUGGACAAAAUGUAGACUUGUUGAGGAAACACCAUGUUUCCGCAAGUGGGUGGAGGUUUAGAUGUUUCAAGGAAAAGGAGCCACCUUUUUCUUUUAGUGUGAGUUAUUUCACAUCAUUGUGGAAAGAGGGGCUCUUUUUGGUGAGGGCCUCUGUAUACACUGUUGUUAUCUCUGGUUUGUUAUUAUUGGUUUGGUUUGGAAGGAACAAAGCCAAGGGUUUCGUUGAAGCUAAUAUCUUGCCCUCUGUUUGUUCAAUGAUCAGUGAGUGUAUUCAGCAUGAUGUUUGCUUUGGCAAGGUUACAAAAAUCUCGCCAUUGAGUGUAACAUUGGAGUCGUGUUCGUUUGGGCCACGUGAAGAUGAAUUCUCCUGUGGCGAGGCUCCCACUGUUAAAGUUCGUUUUCGCCCUCUUUCGAGUCUGUGGAGGGGGAAUUUUGUGUUUGAUGCAGUUUUGUCACAUGCGUGUGUCAUGGUGGUGCAGAAGAAGGACUAUAGUUGGUUAGGGAUACCGUUGUAUCAAGAGGGCACUCAGAGGCGGUUGUCAACCGAAGAAGGACUUGAUCACCGCACUCGGGUGAGGAGGGUUGCACGUGAGGAGGCGGCAGCAAAACAUGUGAACGAAAGGGAUGAUGCAGCCAGGGAUGCUGCAGAGAUGGGUUACUUUGUUUCUGAGGAGAAUUGUGGUCCAUCCAAGGGUGAUGAUAAUUUAAAGGAGAUUGGAACUCAUUCAGCAGAAGGAACAAACUCCAAGGGUUUUUUCUGCAUGAAGGAGGGGGAACAUCAUGGUCAUCGUUGUGUGGACACAGGUGUCGAUUAUGACAUGAAACAUGGUGAUUUGGAGAAAUCAUUUAGGGUGAAGUUCCCCGGAAAAGGACUAAAGUUUUGGUCAAGAAUCAUUAAAGGGCAUGAAAAGCAAAAAUGUAAAAGAAAGGCUAAAAGGAGUGACAUCAGUGCAUCUGGUAUUGCUCUUAGAAAAAGAAUUCUUGAACGUGGUGCAUUUGCAGCAAAUGCAUAUUUUCGCAGUUCAUAUGGGAAGUUUGAGCAGCCUUCAUCAUCUUCUAGAUUUUUUCGUUCUAGAGAUCAUGAUUCGCAGUUGGUAAAAAGUGAUGUUGACAAAAAAGCUGUAUCUGUUGCCAGUACUGACGAUAAUAGAAACAACGAUAACCAAAAUGGAACACAACUCAGAGAUCUGGGAAUCUGGUCUCCUUCUGCAAAUGAAAAUACCAAUGGUCAUUCAAAUGAUUUAAAAUUUUCCAGUGAUCUUUCUUCAAAAACAAGUGAGAGUAAACACGAACUUUUACAAUCUAGCAAGGAUGUCUCAGAACAUGCCAAUGCAAAUAUUCGUACAGAGAAAAAGGAGGAGUUGGGACAUCACGUUGCACAAAGUCCAAUUGAUGUUAGUGCAAUUAAGGGCCAAAAAGGUUUGGUUUCAGUGAAGCAAAUGUCUCAGUUGGCUACAUAUUUUGAAGUUCCGUUCAAGACUUUGAUUAAAAAUUUUGGCUUCACCUCUUGUUUAAAAAACAUUGAGGGGUUGACAUCUUUCUUCCUUUCUGGUCCCAUUGAAAAGUUGAAAUCUGAAAUGGGUCUCAAAGUUGAAGAUACUGUUUCAGAAUAUGUAGAUAGGGUAGAUGUUCAGCAGUCUGAAGGCCUAAAUAAAAUUCUUCCUGUUGCAUUUGAUUCUGUUCAUGUUAGAGGUGCAACUGUCAUGCUGCUUGCGUACGGGGACAGGGAAGUCAGGGUGAUAGAGAAUGUCAAUGGCCAUACGAAGUUUAAUAACCACUACAACUCUAUAAAUUUAAAACUUAGUGGAAAUUGCAAGACUUGGAGAUCAGAUGAUAAAAGUGAAGGUGAUGGCUGGUUGUCAGUUGACGUUUUUGUUGACACUGUUGAGCAGAAAUGGCAUGCUAAUUUGAAAACUGACCAUCUUUUUGUCCCGCUCUUUGAAAGGAUACUAGAUAUUCCAAUUACAUGGUCUAAUGGGAGGGCCAGUGGUGAGGUUCACUUGUGCAUGUCAAAGGGUGAAGCUUUUCCAAAUCUUUAUGGACAGCUUGAUGUAACGGGGUUGAACUUCCAAGUGUCAGAUGCUCCAUCUUGUUUUUCUAACACAUCAGGAAGUUUAUGUUUUCGUGGUCAAAGUAUAUUUCUACACAAUACAAGUGGCUGGUUUGGCAGUAUUCCUCUAGAAGCAUCUGGAGAUUUUGGCAUCCAUCCUGAGGAAGGAGAAUUUCAUCUUCUGUGUCAGGUUCCUAGUGUUGAAGUGAAUGCACUGAUGAGAACUUUCAAUAUGAGAUCUCUCUUGUUUCCUCUUGCAGGAUCAAUGACUGCUCUAUUUAAUUGUCAAGGCCCUCUGGAUACUCCUAUAUUUGUGGGAACUGGGAUGCUUUCUAGGACAUCCUCUUCUUUACAUGUGGACACUCCUACAACUGAAGCAUCUGAAGUACUUGCUAAAAGUAUGGAGGCUGGAGCAUUGGCAGUAUUUGAUCGUGUACCUUUUUCACAUGUAUCUGCCAAUUUCACUUUCAACACUGAUAACUGUAUUGCUGAUUUGUAUGGAAUCAGGGCAAGCCUUGUGGAUGGUGGUGAAAUUCAAGGGGCUGGGACAGUGUGGAUAUGCUCAGAGGCUUUGGAUGAUGACACAUCAAUAGAUGCAAACUUCUCAGGAAGUUUUAACCUUGAGAAAAUUAUGCUUCGCUAUGUGCCCAGUUAUCAUCACUUGAUGCCACUCAAAUUUGGGGUUUUGAAUGAAAACACAAAACUUUCAGGAUCUCUUUUAAGACCGAGGUUUGAUAUAAAAUGGACUGCACCGACAGCAGAAGGGUCUCUUAAUGAUGCUAGAGGAGAUAUCAUAAUCUCCCAUAAUUUCAUAACUGUUAAUUUUGCUUCAGCUGCAUUUGAUUUGUAUGUGAAAGUUCAAACUUCUUAUUCUGAUGAUUGCUCUCUUAGAAGAGAAGAGUUUAAUGCAUCGAGAGCCAUUCCAUUUAUUGUUGGUGGAGUUGAUUUUGAUUUGCACAUGCAUGGAUUUGAAUUCUUUAGUUUGGUUACUCCUUAUAUGUUGGAUUUUCCAAGACCUUUGGCUUUGAAAGCAGCAGGAAGAGUCAAGUUUCAGGGAAACCUUUUAAAACCUAGUACCACUAUUAUUGAACAAAAUUUUGACAAGAACAAGAAACAUUUGUGUAUGUUGGAGAAAGGAAAUGCAUAUAGUCUUGUUGGUGAGGUUUCAAUCUCUGGUCUCAAAGUUAAUCAAUUGAUGCUUGCACCUCAGUUAUCUGGGUCGUUGAGUGUUUCUCCCGAAUAUAUAAAGUUGAAUGCCUCUGGUAGGUCUGAUGAAAGUCUUGUGGUGGAUUUUGUUGGCCCGCUACAGCUUAGUGGUGAAAAUGGUCUGAAAAGUGGAACAGUGUUGUCCGUUUCCCUUCAUAAGGAACAAUUGAGGGCUAAUGUAGAUUUUCGACCAUGUUAUUCAGCUAGCUUGGAGGUAUGUCAUUUUCCACUUGAUGAGCUGGAAAUUGCUUCUCUCAGGGGAACUAUACGUAGAGCAGAAAUCCAGCUAAAUCUUCCAAAAAGAAGAGGACAUGGAGUCAUAUCUGUACUUUGUCCAAAAUUCGGUGGGGUGAACGGUGAAGCACUGGAUGUGGCAGCUAGGUGGAGUGGAGAUGUUAUCACAAUUGAAAAAACUGUUUUGAAACAAAGCUACAGUUAUUAUGAAAUACAAGGAGAAUAUGUAUUACCUGGCACUCGAGAUUGCCCUGUUGACAUAAAAGGAGAUGGAAUUUUAGAAAGGUUUUUGUCUGAGCAUGUUGGUAGUGUUAUAUCUUCAAUGGGUAGGUGGAGAAUGAAACUUGAAGUUCCCAGAGCUGAGGUUGCUGAGAUGCUUCCUCUUGCAAGGUUUCUAUCUCGAAGUAUGGAUCCUGCUGUUCUUUCAAGAUCAAAGGAUCUUUUUAUUCAAAGUUUACAGUCAACAGGAUUAUAUUCUAUGAGCACACAAGAACUGCUUGAGUUAAUAAGGGAGCUUCAUGUUCCGUUGAAUGAUGUUGUUGAGCAUUUCAGCCUUCCUGGUUUACUUGACCUCAAAGGUUGCUGGCAUGGUUCCCUCAAUGCCAGUGGUGGAGGGAAUGGAGACACCCUUGCAGAAUUUGACUUUCAUGGUGAGGAUUGGGAGUGGGGAGAAUACAGAACUCAGAGUGUCUCAGCAGUUGGUAUUUAUAGUAACGAUGAUGGUAUACACCUGAAGAAAUUUUUUGUCCAGAAGGAUAAUGCCACAAUUCAUGCUGAUGGAAUUUUCUUAGGACCUAAAACCAACCUUCAUUUUGCUGUCUUAAAUUUUCCUGUUAGUCUGAUACCAACACUUGUACAGAUCAUUGACUCUACAGCAAAUAGUGUUGUUCAUUCUCUGCGGCAAUUGUUAGCACCCAUUAAGGGGAUCUUGCAUAUGGAAGGAGACCUUCGAGGAAGUAUAGGAAAACCAGAAUGUGAUGUUCAAAUUAGGCUCCUUGAUGGUAUCAUUGGUGGAAUUGUUCUUGAUCGAGCAGAACUUGUUGCCUCUCUAACCCCAACUAGUCGUUUUCUAUUCAAUGCCAAAUUUGAACCUUUGAUCCGAAAUGGUCAUGUACUAAUUCAAGGAUCUAUUCCUGUUAAUUUUUUUCAAUGUAAAAUGUUACAAAAAGAUGUAGAAUUAGAUAAGAGUAGAGAUACUUGGGUUCCUGAAUGGAUGAAAAAGAACAUAGGGACCACAACCACCAACCAUGCGAGAAACAAAAAGGUUUCUAGGCAAAGAAAUGAAAAGGAUUGGAAUACUCUAUUAGUAGAAAACCUUAAAGGUUUGAAUUGGCAAACUUUAGAUGUUAGGGAAGUCAUGGUUGAUGUUGAUAUCAAAGAUGGGGGAAUGAAGCUGGUAACAGCUUUAACUCCUUAUGCCGACUGGCUUCAUGGCAAUGCUGAUAUCAUGCUUGAGGCCAGAGGUACAGUUGAUCAACCGGUGCUUAAUGGAUAUGCAUCUUUCCGUAGGGCAACUAUAUCUUCACCUGUGUUCCGAAAUUCACUGACCAACUUAGGUGGAACUGUGCACAUGAAAUCAAACAGGUUAUCCAUCACCUCACUGGAGAGUAGGCUAGGUAGAAAGGGAAAGCUACUAGUGAAAGGGAACCUUCCUCUAAGAACUAAGGAAGCAGCCCUUGAUGACAAGAUAGAGUUUAAGUGUGAAGUUCUAGAAGUGCAGGCAAAAAAUAUUUUAAGUGGUCAGCUCAACUCCCAGGUGCAAAUAACUGGUUCCAUAUUGCAACCUAACAUUUCUGGAAAUAUUAAACUUAGUCAUGGAGAAGUAUAUUUGCCACAUGAUAGGGGUGGUGCUUCUACUAAUAGAUUCCGAUCAUAUCAAUCUGCACUUCCCAGUGGCGGCAUUGAUAAAUCAUUUGCUUCAAGAUAUAUUCCACGGUAUUUUGGCUCAGAAUCUGCUUCUCCAAUGGCCAAGAUUUCUCAGACUUCCGGCUCUGUCAAUGAAUCAAUUCAGGUGGAAAAGGAUACGGAGGAACUGCAGAUAAAACCAAAUAUAGGAAUCUGCCUUUCUGAUUUGAAGCUUGUGCUUGGACCAGAGCUGAAGAUAGUUUAUCCUUUGAUUCUUAAUUUUGCUGUUAGUGGAGAGAUUGAGUUGAAUGGUCUUGCCCAUCCCAAAUGUGUAAAACCUAAGGGCAAGCUGGUAUUUGAGAAUGGUGAAGUUGAUCUGGUUGCAACACAGGUGAGGUUAAAACGGGAGCAUCUCAACAUUGCAAGGUUUGAACCUGAUUAUGGACUAGAUCCAAUGCUAGAUUUAACCUUGGUUGGUGCUGAGAGGCAAUAUAGAAUUCAUCGUCGAGCUAGCAAUUGGCAAGACUUUAUUGAACAGGAUACACUAUCACCAAUUGAGGUUGCCAGAAGACUUGAUAGCCAGUUAGCAGAAUCCAUUUUGGAAAGCAAUGGUCAACUUGCCUUUGACAAACUUGCAACUGCUACUCUUGAAAAACUAAUGCCACGAAUAGAAGGCAAGGGAGAGUUUGGCCAGGCUAAGUUGAAGUGGGUUUAUGCCCCUCAGAUUCCUACUAUACUUUCUGGUGCUACAGUUGAUCCUUUCACGUUACUUGCUGAUAAUUUAACAUUUGGUACUGACGUAGAAGUCCAGCUUGGGAAACGUCUUCAGGUAGUUAUAAUCAAAUUACUUCAUAUUUCAAAUCAUUGCUUUCCAAGAACUGGAUUUAUUCUUGUUUCAGCCAAAUUCUCUUGUCAAUAAAUCCAUAUCAGU